CGCCCACCUAAUUAAUUUUGAGGCCCCACCCAUCAUUAAGGAAACAAAAACAAGAUGGCGGAUGAAGGCUACCAACAAGAUUUCUAUCCUACGAACUAUACACUGGACUCAGAGACACUCCAAUCAGCCAGACACUACCAGCAACAGCAGCCGUACCACCACCAACCACCACCCGCCCAUCAACCCACCCAGCAGUACAGUAACCAGUAUUAUACUGAUGGGUCCCAGUCAAACUAUUAUUCACAGGAGCAGUAUUCUGGAGGAAUGGGCUAUACUGUACCAGAGCCUGAAGGAGAGCGGAUGGAGGUUGAUCCCUACCCUCCAGCUGGUCAGCCUCUACCAGCUGGUAGUAUGGGCCUCAUGUCUCAAGGAGGAGUAGGAGGAGCUUAUGAUAGUCAGGGAGGACACUCUGGGUUUGAAGAAGACCCACCACUACUGGAAGAGCUUGGAAUUGACUUCAGCGUCAUCAAAGAGAAUACAUUAUCUGUCCUCAACCCAUUACAGCAAGCUGAUGCAGUUGCUUUACGUAACACUGACCUUGCGGGGCCACUGAUAUUCUGUCUACUAUUUGGAGGAACUUUACUUCUAUCUGGUAAAGUUCAUUUCGGUUACAUAUAUGGUGUUGGUCUCCUUGGCUGUAUCAGUAUGUACCUGUUGCUUAACAUGAUGAGUGGAGAAGGUGUCCCAGUGACAAUGAUAAUGAGUGUCCUAGGGUACUGUCUGCUACCAAUGGUACUACUGUCUGGUACAGCAAUAGUGAUCUCUUUACAGGGUGUUCUUGGUACUGUGAUGUCUCUGUGUAUUAUAUUAUGGUGCAGCUAUUCUUCCUCAAAGUUGUUUGUGUCUGUCCUUUCAAUGCAGUCGCAGCAGCUGCUAGUGGCUUAUCCUUGCGCUCUGUUGUACGGAGUCUUUGCUUUAUUGACUGUCUUUUGAGAGGGAGAAAGGCAGCUGCUACUCAAGAAUGUACAAAUAUAAUAAAUCUCUCUCUCUUACUAUUAAGACUGUUGUUAUUAUUUUUGAUUCAAUCCCUUAUUAUUAUUAUUAUUAUUAUUAUUAUUAUUAAGUUUUAAUUUAUUCAUGAAGUGGAAAACUGUUUUAAAUUAAUUUAUUAACAUUAAAAAUAUCACUAUUAUU